GGCGCUGGAGCAGCGCGGGGCCCAGUAUCGACAUGGUUCCAGGCAACGAGACCACGUUCAAGCUGUCGGAAUUCGGCUUCGAGCGGCGUUUCGACGAGCGGAGCGCGAUCCGCUGGAUGCAGGAGAACUGGGGCGCGUCCUUCCUCUUCAGCGCGCUCUACGUGCUCCUGGUGUUCGGGGGUCAACAGCACAUGAGACGGAGAGAGAAGAUGAACCUGCGGCUGCCGCUGGUCCUCUGGUCCCUGAGUUUGGCCCUCUUCAGCGUCACCGGGGCGGUCCGCACCAGCUCCUACAUGCUCCACGUGCUGCGCAGCGGCGGCUUCAAGCGUUCCAUCUGCGACCAGAGUUUCUACCACGGACCAGUCAGCAAGUUCUGGGCCUACGCUUUUGUUCUGAGCAAAGCGCCGGAACUGGGUGACACGGCCUUCAUCGUGCUGCGGAAGCAGAAGCUGCUCUUCCUGCACUGGUACCACCACGUCACGGUGCUCCUCUACUCCUGGUACUCCUACAAGGACAUGGUGGCGGGCGGCGGCUGGUUCAUGACCAUGAACUACGGCGUGCACGCCUUGAUGUACAGCUACUACGCGGCGCGUGCCGGCGGCCUGCACGUGCCGCGGCGCUGCGCCAUGCUCAUCACUAGCGCACAGAUCGCCCAGAUGGCCAUGGGCAUCACCGUCAGCGCACUGGUCUUCUGCUGGAUGCAGCAGGUGGACUGUCCCUCACACCUGGACAACAUCGUGUGGGCAGGGCUUAUGUACCUCAGCUACCUGCUGCUCUUCUCGCACUUCUUCUACCAGUCGUACGUGCGGCCGCACGCCAAGACGGCCUGAAGGAGCCUCAUCCGUCGGCUAUUGAUGGAUUAUUCAUCCUGCUGCAAGUUCCGUUCAUUUCCUGUUCACCUUUCUAUUUAUUGAGUCCGACAGACGCCCAGGUGGAGCAGAGCUUCUCCUGUUGUGGAUGGAGUUGACAUUUCAAGCGUUCACCUUCAGCUGUAAUGU